AUGGCCCAGGGUACUCCAGGAUGCCGUGGGCCGGCAAUCGCAGCCUCACCGUUGGCUAAGCCUAGCUGUCAUCUUGAUCUGUGUUUCUAUUUUAAGCACCCUCUCACCACCGGUGUUGCAUUCUCGAGUUCAUUGAAGCUCUUCGGAGGCUUCGCCAUCAUAAGAUAUGCAAGUCUCGGGGCUCCAGGCCAGUGCCGUAUCCACAAACUCGACAUUCUUGCCAUUUCGCCGGCAACAUCAACACCAACCACUCCGAUUGUGCGGCACUUCCAAAGCCUGAGAGAUCAACAGCCGCCAUCCAGAUCAACGAAGAAACAUGUGAAAGGAGUCUGGCCCCAUCCAUCAUGCGGGGUCGGAUUGGACGGGAUCGUUCCCGUGCUCACAGGGGCUGCGCCACGCUCUGAAUGCCCUCGAUUGCUAUUUCAUACGCUUUCAGGUUGA